AUGAUUUUGGACCGUUUCCGCCAGGAUUUUUUCCGCCAGGAAUCCCGAAAGAAGCACAAGUUCAAAGCUCAGACGUACGUGGACCCGACGUUCUGCGACCAUUGCGGCUCGCAAAUCUACGGCGUCCUCCACCGAGGAAUGAAAUGCGAAGCAUGUGACAUUAACGUGCACAAGCGGUGCGUGGAGCGCGUGCGGAAUCAGUGCGGAUGCGAUCACACGGAGCGCCAAGGGAAGAUCGAGCUUAAAAUCCGGACGACCAACAAUGGCACGCGACUCGUCGUGGAAAUUCGCCGGGCGAAGAACCUGAUCCCGAUGGACCCGAACGGACUCAGCGACCCGUACGUGAAGCUGAAGCUCAUCCCAGAAGCCGAAGCUCAUCCGGCGAAGAAAAAGACGAAGAUCGUCCGGUCCACCCUCGACCCGGUCUGGAACGAGACCUUGGAGUUCGAUUUGAAGCCGGAGGACGAGGACCGCCGCCUAUCGAUCGAGAUGUGGGACUGGGACCGAACGUCUCGAAACGACUUCAUGGGGAGCCUCAGUUUCCCGGUCUCGGAGAUCCUCGAGAGCCCCGUGGACGGGUGGUACGAGCUGCUGAGCCAGGAGGACGGCGAGAGCUGCAACGUCCCGGUCUCGCCCGAGGGGACGGACGGAUGUCGGAUGAGGGGG